GAAGACGCUCUGAGGGUUGCUCGCAAUCUCUUGAAAGCUAUUCAGCUUGACGGUGGAGGUGGUGGAGGCAUGUCUGACUCGUCAAGUGAAGAAGAAGAGGCAGAUGAUGAUGACGAUCCAAUCCGUCGCAUCGCUGAUAGAAUUGGGGAUGGACAAAUUGAAGACGGCGAACAAGCGAUUGUCGAAGAGGAUCCAUUGAAUUCUGGUGAUGACCAAAGCGAUGACGAGGAUUUGGAGACGCUGUUUGAUGCUGAUAAUGUCAUUAUGUGCCAAUUCGAGAAGGUACACCGUGCUCGUAGCAAAUGGAAGUUUCAACUAAAAGAUGGCAUAAUGCACAUUGAUAACAAGGACUAUUGUUUCCAAAAGUGCAGUGGUGAAGCUGAAUGGUGA